AUUUAAAAUCACCUUAAUCUCAAAUUAAUACUGUAGCAGUAUGUCAAACAUGGGACUUUUCUCUAAGUGACAUUUUGGUGUUGAAUUACCGUUACAAACCAUUUUUAUUAGACAAUAUGUUCAAUGAAGUACAUCAUGAAAACAAAGUGUUUUAAUUCAUUGUUAACCUUUGAUUACCAAACAGAAUGGUUGAAAUUUAUGAUAUCAAUAUAUCUUGAGAGAAAAAAAUCAGAGAUGACCGAACAAAUUUCUGGAAAACUGGAACUACUUUUUGCUCAUCUUUCUAUUAACAAUGUGAGAGACAUAAAACCUUUACUAAUGGAUGCAAUUGAUGAGUACCAAAGUAUGAGAUCAAAUCUAACGUAUGAUCAGAAACAAACGGUAAAUUUAAUAAAGUCACUACUUUACCAUGCUGAAAGAGAGGAAUGGCAUCAGGCCAGAAAUCAGCUAAAUGGUGCACAGAAAGCAUACCAGGAAUAUAUGAAUAACAGGACGAAAUUACAAGGACAUAGUCAGAAAUUAGGAUAUGCACAAAUACAUGGGAAACAAAAAGAAGUAAUUGAAAGUAGUCAACUUGCGCUGCCAUGGAGUGAAGGUUCUCCAGAUAGGUACCUUUUUCAAGACCAGGAUAUCCAAGCAGGAAAAACAGAGACAGGCUCUUCAAAAGUAUCAAUAUUGAAAGAGAACGUAAUGUCAAACACUUUACAAUCGCCCAUUUCAAUGCGACAUGUGGGAAGGAGAUCAGACACAACUGGUGACGACGAGCAAGGCCCGGACAAAAAGACAACUUUUCUCAAUAAAUCACUUACCAAUCGGCAUCCUAGUGCAUAUCCAGGCAGCUAUUCAAGUCAGAUUCAUGAAAAACCUAAAACUCUACAGGAAGCUCUUGAAUCAGCAACCGAACGGAAAUAUGAUAGUGAUGAGAACAACGCUAAUUCAUACAGAUUUGAUCCGAAUCGACCUUCACGAAUUGUUGAGGCAUAUCAGUCUUUGUACGAUAAUGAAUGGCAGCAAGCCUUAACGGCAAUAAAACGUGCAGCUGUGAUAGAAGAAACGGCUAUUGAAUGUUUACUUUACAUUCUAGUGGAAGCCUAUAAAGAAUGUUUAGAUGAGGCAGAAGGACAAAUAUUACAGUUUGAACAUGCUGUGCUCAACAUAGUUUCAGAUGGGAAAUACACAAAGUUUGAUAAAGAUGUUUUCAACAAAACUGGAAACAGAAAACACAUGUUGCAGUAUCGAAAAGAAAUAUCUGACCUGUCAGUAAAACGGUUACAAGAUACCUUCCUAUUAAAGACGUUACCAGUGAUACACAGGCGGUACGGCGUGAGAAAGGAUGACAACGUAGACAACUACAGUCGCCAGUGUGUUGUUUUCACGUGGAGAAUGGCGAUACAAGAUCCACCUUUACAUUUUGACAAUUUUGACCCUACCACUAAUAUUGACUUUGACCAUAGUUUAUAUAAACCUUUCUCCAAAUCUGGACGUUUCAUUAGGUACUUAAUAUGGCCAGUGUUGAGACUUUACAAGGAUGGACCUGUUUUAUGCAAAGGAAUCGCUCAAGGCGAAUAAGGAUAUAUGUCACGAGAAUGUCGAGUGUAUUAUAACAUUUAAUGAAAAUGUGAUAUUUUAUUAAUCGUAUAUUUUUGUAACUUAAUUGAAAAUGCUUAGUAACAGUCUGAAAAAGAAUUUGUUUUAUACUUUAUGGAAAAAUACAUAUAUAAUUUACCCAUUCUAUCUUGACAAAUUGUACCUUUGUAACAUUACGACUAUUAUUGCAUGGCGAAUAUUUCUAAGUGUUCGUCACUAAGUACAAUUGUGCAAAAAACGUCGAUUUUCAAGACGCAUAUGUUAUACCACUUUAUCAAUCUUUUCGUUCUAAACAAGCAUUCUUCAUAAUUAAUUUGUUGUAUUUAUACAUGCGUAAUCGAAAUAAAAGUUAUAGAUA